AUGGGCAAAUCAAGUUCUAAGAGGAAUCAGGGUCAGCAGCAUCAAAGCAUUAACGAAGAGGGAAUUUUGCUUAUACCGCCUCCAAAAAGUGUCUCUUCUAAAGAGCAUUUGCAACGCAUUAACUACUUAUUCCAAUUAUCUGCAUUUCAUACAAUAUCGCAUGACAAAGACCCAAAACAGGAGUUGUCUAGUGCAUACAUGAAGAAUUUGGAUUUGAUUCAGAAGAAGGUUAAUUUAUCUAUGACGCCUGCCAUGAAGCGUAGUAUAUGUAAAGCGUGUCUCCGCUUACAGGUACCGACCAGGACAAUGAAAGUUUUUGUUGAGAAUCAAUCAAGACAAGGACGAAAAAAUCCAAAUGGAGAUGUUUUGGUGUAUAGCUGCAGGUGCGGUAAAUCAAAACGUUUUCCGAUUGGCAAGGACAGAACCUACAGAUGCUAUACCGAAAGGGAAGGUAAUCUGUUGGAAUUAGAGAAUCGCCAGCACCAGCAUUCAAAGUAA